GGAGUGCCCUCUCCUACACGAACAACGAAGAGCAAAAAGCCAUGGCGACUUCCUUAUCUUCUCUGGCCUCAUCCUUGGCUUUUCUCUCCUUCUCUUCCCAAAUUUCCCAAAAACCCCAUGCCUCCGCUCUCUCCUUCACUUCUGCUAAGUCCCUUUCCUUAUCUAAGACUUCUACUCCCGUCAUUGCCGCCUCCGCUGCUGCUGUCCCGUCCCUUGUUGAUUUGGAGACUGCCGACCUCAAGCAGCUAGUCAAAUCCAGACUUCCCGGAGGUUUUGCAGCCCAGACCAUCAUCGGCACCGGCCGCCGGAAGAGUGCCAUUGCCCGGGUUGUCCUCCAAGAGGGCUCUGGCAAAAUCAUCAUCAACUACCGUGACGCUAAGGAAUAUCUUCAAGGAAAUCCACUGUGGCUUCAGUACGUGAAAACCCCUUUGGCCACUUUAGGAUAUGAGAGCAGUUAUGAUGUGUUUGUCAAAGCACAAGGUGGUGGUUUAUCAGGGCAGGCUCAGGCAAUAUCUCUUGGCAUUGCUCGUGCUCUACUGAAAGUCAGUGAGAGUCAUAGAACACCUCUGAGGCAAGAAGGAUUGCUGACAAGGGAUGCGAGAGUGGUUGAAAGGAAGAAAGUUGGUCUCAAGAAGGCCCGAAAAGCCCCACAAUACUCCAAGCGUUGAGGGUGAGAAUGAAUCAUUAAGGGCAUUGUGUUAUGCACUGUGAAAUGAAGGGCUAGGGCGCCAUUAUGUUGGGAAUUACUGAAUUUCUUAAAUACAUCAAGCUCAGUUCCUCCGUUAUGAUUGAUAAGUUCUUUGACCUGUACUGCAAUUUGUUGGCCUUCAAGCAAUAAUAAGGCUGGCAUUCUGUUAUUGGUAGUCCUAGAUGAAAAGCAAAAGUGUGUCAUAUUAUCUUCUGGAUCAUGGAAAAAAUAUUGGAUGCCUCCUCUCUGAUGCAUGUUAUUCCUAGAGCACUACAAUGGGUAUUGUAAUUUGUAACCCUUCGGAUUUCCACCAUUCAUAUUUACCUCAAUGUGGAAACAUUUAUCCAUGAUUAGUGCAAGGCAUAUGACAUAUAUC